CCGGAGCAUUCCUGAGCACUGAGGUGGAGCCGCUGUCGCUGCGGCCAUGGGGCCCUGGCUGCUGCUCCUGCCGCUGCUCGCCCCGGCCCUGCGCGCCCAGCAGCAGCAAUUCAUGGAGUACGUGGAGCGCCGCCUCACCCUCCUGGAGGAGAGGAUCUCGCAGUGGCACGACCAGAGCAGCCGCUACUCCACGGAGCUGCGGGACUUCAAGAACCAGGUGCUGGGGAUGCUGGAGGCGGCCGAGAAGGAGCGGGAGGCGAUGCGGGCGGAGGCCGAGAGCGCGGCCGUGCGUGUGGACCGGCUGGAGCGGGAGGUGGAUUACCUGGAGACGCAGAACCCCGCCCCGCCCUGCGUGGAGGUGGAYGAGACGCUGAUGGACAAGCAGGUGGCCACAGCCAAGCAGAGGAAGAACGAGAAGUACACCAAGCUCACGGACUGCAGCGACACCAUCGCCAGCGUCAGGGCCAUGAAGAUCCUGAAGCGUUUCGGCAGCGCCUCGGGGCUCUGGACCAAGGACGCUGCGGGCAGCUCGGAGAAGAUCUACGUGUUCGACGGCACCGCCAACGACACCGUCUACGUGUUCCCCCGCAUGCGAGAGUUCACGCUCUUCUCCUCCACCCGCAAGGCCGCCCGCAUCAAGCUGCCCUACCCCUGGGUGGGCACCGGGCACCUCGUCUACGACGGCCACCUCUACUACAUCCGCCAGCAGGGCCCCUCCUUCCAGGUGAUCAAGUUCAACCUGGCCAACAAGACGGUGGUGGACAGCUCGGUGUUCCCGGCCGAGGAGCAGAUCCCCGUCUUCGGCCUCUCGCCCUCCACCUACAUCGAGGUGUCGGCGGACGAGGAGGGGCUCUGGGCCAUCUACGCCACCAARGAGGACGAGAAGAACAUGUGCCUGGCCAAGCUGGACCCCGGCUCGCUGGACAUCGAGCAGAUGUGGGACACGCCGUGCCCGCGGGAGAACGCCGAGGGUGCUUUCGUGGUGUGCGGGGCGCUGCACGUUGUGUACAACACCCGCCUGCCCAGCCGMGCCCGCGUCCAGUGCGUCUUCGAUGUCAGCGGCACCCUGGCCCCCGAGGACGCGUCCCUCGUCUACUUCCCCAAGCGCUACGGCUCCCACUCCAGCCUCAAGUACAGCCCCCGCGAGAGGCAGAUCUACGCCUGGGAUGACGGCUACCAGAUCAUUUACCGCAUGGAGAUGAAGAAGAAGCUGGAGGUCUGAUGGGGGACCCCGGCGCCGCCCGGCCAAGCCCAGCCCAGCCCAGCCCAGCCCGCGGGACGGCGUCUCUGCCCCUUCUCCCGUCACUGUGAAAAGAGGAAAUGCUGGAGCCGCGCCCCGGCCGCCCCCUGGCACCGGGUGUCCCUGCCUGGCAGCGCCCUGCAGAGUCCCGGACUAAUUUAAUGAGGUUUUCUUGUCUGACAUAAUGAAUAAAUAGUUCGCAGCCAAGCGCGGCCACCUGCCUGGGGGAGCGUGGGGUGUCAGAGCCCCUGAGACACCCCAAAAAACACCUCCCGAGGGUGGGGGGUCCGUGCAGGGCUCAGAGCAGAGAGCACAGACAGACCCCGGGAAGGGGCCUGGACAGGGGC